AUGAACUGUUGCUUUCUCAUACAUUUUAUGGUUGGAGUUCCUCUCCUAGGACCCUGCCUGACUGCCAUAGAAUAUUCAAAUACACCGGAAGUUGAGCAGCCAGUGCCAUCUCAUUUGAGAGCCAAGCGUGGCUGGGUGUGGAACCAGUUUUUCGUACCAGAAGAAAUGAAUACGAGCCGUCAUCACAUUGGCCGGCUAAGAUCUGAUUUAGACAAUGGAAACAACUCUUUCCGGUACAAGCUGUUGGGAGAUGGAGCUGGGAGUAUUUUUGUCAUUGACGAAAGAUCAGGUGAUAUAUAUGCUGUUCAGAAGCUUAAUAGAGAGGAACGUUCCCUCUACACUCUGAGAGCUCAGGUGAUAGACGCCACCACUGGACGCGCUGUGGAACCAGAGUCUGAAUUUGUCAUCAGAGUUUCAGAUAUCAAUGACAAUGAACCCAAGUUCCUGAAUGAACCUUAUAAAGCCAUUGUACCAGAGAUGUCACCAGAAGGUAUUGCCUAUUAA